UUAGAGCCACCCAAGGACAGUCUUGAUAAGGAGGAGCGUAAUGGCGUGUUUCCGGUAAAACCAGGCCGAGAGAGAAAAUAGUAACAGUAAUCUAUGUAGCUACUUAAAAUAAAGAACAGUAUAGAAAGAGUUGUCCACUUUGUUGGACAACGUCUGUCCAAUUUGCCAAACCUUUACAAAUAGAUAUCAAUUGGUCGUCGGGAAAUAGUCGGCUGUAGCAAGGCAAUGGAAGCUGAGUUUCGGAAAAUCGAUGAACCCGGGAGUUGGAACGCCAUUUACCAGGAAAUCCGUCAGCAAUCAAGUGAGCUGCCCUGCAAACUUGCCAAAUUACCUGAAAACAAAACUCGGAAUCGCUACAGAGAUGUCAGCCCAUUUGACCACAGCCGAAUCCGCCUGCAACUGGGUGCGAAUGACUACAUUAACGCCAGCCUAAUUUCUGUAGACGAGGCACAGAGAAGCUACAUUCUUACUCAGGGACCCCUUCCAAACACAUGUGGUCACUUCUGGGAGAUGGUUUGGGAGCAGGGGACCAUGGGAGUGGUGAUGCUGAACCGUGUCAUUGAGAAAGGAUCUGUGAAGUGUGCACAGUACUGGCCACCUAGAGAGGAGAGGGAGGCGAUCUUUGAAGACACAAAUUUCAAGCUUACACUUGUUUCAGAAGACAUUAAGUCUUACUACACUGUCCGUCAGCUGGAGCUGGAAAAUCUGUCGACUCUGGAAACUAGAGAGAUCCUACAUUUUCACUACACCACCUGGCCUGACUUUGGGGUGCCUGAAUCUCCAGCCUCCUUCCUCAACUUCCUGUUUAAGGUGCGGGAGUCUGGGUGCCUCAACUCUGACAAGGGGCCUGUGGUGGUGCACUGCAGCGCAGGCAUCGGCCGCUCUGGAACCUUCUGUCUCGUCGACACCUGCCUCUUACUGAUGUCCAUGCGCAAAGACCCAUCAACUGUGCGCAUUCGUGACGUGCUGCUGGAGAUGCGACGCUAUCGGAUGGGCCUGAUUCAGACCGCUGACCAACUCAGAUUUUCCUACCUCGCUGUUAUUGAAGGUGCCAAGUGCAUCAUGGGAGACACAUCGUUGCAGGAGUCGUGGAAAGAGCUCUCCAACGAAGAGGAUGUUCCUCCAGAGUUCACCCCUCCCCCGCCCCACUCCCGACCCCAAGGUCCAAUCAACGGCACGGUUGAACCUUCCUUCUUUCCUGAAGAGAUUGUUGUUGCGCAGAAUAAUUUCCACACUCGCAGUGCCCCACCAGAAACUGAACUGCGAUGGAGGGGCGGUGGUGAUGGUGCUACCUCCCAGUCUCCCACUGUCCCCGCUGAUCAACCUGGCGGCCAGGUGGGAAGCAAAGAACCAGAUCCCAAAGCUCUGAUGGAACCACACCAGCUGCAUGAGACUGAAACACAACAGGGGCUGAACCAGGACCAGGCAGCAGCAGCAGGAGAUGACAGCCUUGAGGCUCAGGGUGCCUGGACCCCCCUGCUGGCCAACAUGUGCCUCUGCACUGCCCUGGCCCUGGGUGCUUACAUCUGUUACCGGGCCUGUUUCCACUGAUCUCCUCUACCCUCCUCCCUCUCUUGCUCCUCCCUUUCUCUUGUCAGUUUUUUUGCAGGGUGAACUGGGCGAGUGGAUUGUUUGGAUUUCAGCAAAUUGAUUGAUUCAGACUCACUCACUUGUUUUCUUAACAGAGCGUGAGUGUGGGAGGAAGGGACUGCCCCUUUUCCCUUGUCACCCACCGUAGCUCCCAUAUGAACUGUCAGUUUGGACUCUCAGGACCUCCAUUUUCAGGUGUCACAUCCCAAAUACAGGUGUUGAUUUAAAAACAAAUGAGUGAACAACAAUUUUUCAUUAUAGUCGUCAGUAAAGGAAGGUGUGUGUUUGUUCCUGUGUUCUGUGAGCUGAAUGGUUUACUAGUUGACCCUACCAACAUACAUGCACCCUCUAUUCAGUUACCAAAUGGCACACUCAUAAGUGUUCUUCCAUUUCAGCCUUUGCAAAUAAUGUCCAUUGGCUAUUCACCUUUCUCUACCAAAUAGUUAUUUCAAUCCAGCUCUUCAAAUAAAAAAUUGGUCAAGAGGAGUUAUUCAGUGCUUGAUUUGUGGCAACCCUGCAGUGCCAACGUAAUGAUUUGCUGCAGAGACGUUAGUAAAAAGAAAACAGCCAAAUGUAAUUUUUCUCCUUGAGAUGAUUGGGCAGUAUUAUACCCAGGAGUAAGCUGAGACUAGGGGGUGGCCACUGAGAAAGAGACUGCCCUCCCUGCCUUCCACUGGUUGAGUGGUGCAUACAGUGGGUCAUUUACAGGCCACAAGAGAGCUCCCUACCACUGCCCCGUUUAGGGCCUUUUGGCUAGAGCUACGUGAGUGAGUGAGUGAGUGAGUGAGUGAGUGAGUGAGUGAGUGAGUGAGUGAGUGAGUGAGUGAGUGAGUGAGUGAGUGAGUGAGUGAGUGAGUGAGUGAGUGAGUGAGUGAGUGAGUGAGUUUAGUGAGAGUGUUCAGCUUUCUACUGAUGCUUGAUUUCUAUCUGCUGUCUUAGUGGAAAACAUCACAUGUUAAUAAUAUAAGUCAUAUUUGAAAUGUAUUCUCGAUUGAUUCCUGGCCCUUUUCUCUCCCACCACGUAUUCGUUCCUAACUUGACAUUUAAGCAAGAGUGUCUUGUUGAUAAUGUGCUUUGAAUGGAAAUGCCACACACAUGUAUUGAGCUGUUCUGGCUGGCCUAGUUUGAGACGCUGUAUUCACAUUUAGCCUGUUUCAAAAAGUGGUUCCAGCUAACGCUGAUGUACAAAUUCCAAAAUGAGUCUCCAAUGAUUUCGCAACAAUUUGUUAUUGUUGUCAAACCUAUUAAAUAUAUCAUUCAGGGAUAGUGACUUCUUGCUGUCACCACAUUGGAUGAAUAAUGCAGAAGCAAUUCAUGCUAAAGAAACAAAGUGAAUGUGUAAGGAGGAGGGGAAUGCAUCAGGUGAGCGUUGCAUAGUAAUUAAAGAGCAGGCAUCUGAACACAGGAGGCUGCAUUAACGCACAAAAAUGCCAGCUCAGCCUACUAUAUGGAGACACAGACAGCAGCUAACCCUACGCUCCCUUCGCUAGCAAUACAAAUACUUUAUAUUGACCUUUAUUUUCCCAUCCUCUGACAGCUAAACCCAUCCUGCCUGUAUGGACAGGGAGCCUGGGGUCUCAAACCAACCAACAAACACCAGCACAUGGAAUAAAACACUGUAGUGGUGAUCAGUUAUAUUAUGUUAUGGCAUGGGACUGUGCUGUUAAGUUUGUUCUUAUUACUUUUUUCCCACAUAAACAUCCUGCAGUUUUGAAUAAACAGGUUUUUAAUGAGAUUAGUUCAACUGCUCGUUUAAUUUACUUUAGUGACUCAAAAAGAACUAUUUACUUCCUGAGUCCAACAGCUGUACUUUUUCUCUAGAAUGUAUGAAAUCCUACCCAAGGACACACCCUCUGGAUACAUUUUCCAGAUCAGGUUUCAUUGAGCUGGCUUUUUUUUUUUUUUUUAUCCAUCAUUGUAUUCCUUUUUUAAUAAAAAAAAAUGUACUGCUGAUUUGUUCUAGUUUUUGGAUCUGAGUCAAUUGUAAGAUUUUAUUUUAUCAGACUGAAUUCUGAACAAAGGCUGUGGUAAUAAAAUCAGUCUCUGUA